CAUGGGGGCCGCAACUCAGCCACAAUUCGCUGCGCCUACGGCGUGGCCCAUGGGGGCCGCAGCACCACCGCACCUUUCCGCGUCUUCGGCGUGGCCCGCGGGAGCCGCAAUGCUGCCACCGCCGCAACACGUCGCGUCCGCUGGGUGGCCCGCAGGUGCCGCUUGGCUUCCACACCUCGCGGCGCCGCGCGGCCAAUGGCAGCGCAGGUUACCCGACGUUGCGCCGUUUGUCGCGCAAGGGGGCGACUGGUCGGCCUUCCAGGACCGGUUCGACGCGGCAUACAUGUCGGUCGGCUGGUCCAUGGAGGAGGCCUUGCCGGCGCUUCCGACCUGCUUGGACGAAAGGGCUCUGCAGGCCUUCAAGUCCAUCCAUCCGGCCAAUCGGGCUACACUCCCGGCGGCCUAUAUCCAAAUGGCCAACGUUUUUGAGCCGCCGUCCACCGCGCAGCUAAAGUUUUCAUUGCGGCGGCGGGAGGAGGGGGAACUGCCGCUGGCCUUCCGCUGCUCGCUCCUGGCCCUGGCGCAGGCUGCAUACCCUGACCUGUACGGCAGGGCACUUGAUUCUAUGGCCUUGGGGAAGCUGCUUGACCUGGCAAGGGAGCUAGGAAUUGCUCUGUCGAUCAACAAUGAUCGGCAGAUCACAUCCUUGGCGGUCGCAGAAAACAUUCAGGCGCACCUCUCCCUCCGCCAACGGCCUCAGAUGGCGGCGUGUGCGGGGAUCCUGGCGCCGGACGGGGGGGACACCCUCGCGGCCCUGGCGAUGCCCGAUCGUCGAGGAAGGGGGACGGGUGGUCGCCGUCCGGAGCAGCGGGGGCGGCCGGGACCUUCCCGUCCACAGGAGGCGGACACGGUGGCCUGCUUCCGCUGUGGUCAGCGGGGCCACAUUGAGCGGGGCUGCCGGAAUGCCCCGGGGGCCUUUGGAAAAGGGACUCCACCUUCUCCCAGACCCUCCUUGGCAUCGGGUUCGGGGCCCCAGGCCCCUCCCGAGUGAGGCCGACAGAGACCCCCCAGGCACCGGAGGCCACGGCGGUGGGCCUGUUGCCCGCUGACGGCCCACCUGCACGGGUGGCGGACACCGCACGAGGGAGCGGGCCAGCAGCGC